AUGCAAAACAAAACAACUUUGACCGCAAAAUUGAAAAAGUUUUACGACUUUUUAUGUCUGCUAACUGUUGAACCCUAUUUGUUUGCCUUUAUGUUUGUAUUGCAUUUGAAAAAAGUGCCCACCGAUCAAAUGGUCCAGGAUAAAAUAUGUCUUUAUAAAUAUCAAUUGGACAGUCAUUAUUGUGCAGUACUGUCCACUAUGACAUCGGACGAGGAUUAUCUACAAAUGAAAUCCAAAAUAUUGUCGGACACCACAAACUAUACGGUUUAUUCAGUUAUAUUGAUGACACUUCCCUCUGUGAUUGCUUCUCUAUUUAUCGGCUCCUGGAUUGACAACUAUAUAAAAGCUAAAAAAUAUCUACUUAUGUCUUACUAUUUAGUAGUAUUAGUAAGUGUUUUACCAAAUGUAAUAUCAGGUGGACUAUUGAUAGUUGUCUGCUCUGUUUGGUCAUACAUAGCAACGACCACACCGUCCCAUAUGAGAGCACUUCGUAUGAUAUUUGCUGAGAUUGCACUGGGAAUCGCACAACCAUUGGGCUCUUUUAUUGCCGGUGCCGUAUUGAACACUGACUCGCUGUUCACAAGAGGACAGUUACAAAAUUAUAGCGGUGUGUUUGCCAUUGUAGGCAUUACCUCUUGUUUUCAAUUAUUGUGGACUAUUUAUAUGAUCGACGAGAAAAAAGAUAUCAGAGAUUGGGAAUAUAAAUUUGGUAUAAAUGCUGUCAAUAAUGAUAACCUUAUGGACACACCUGAGCUUAGAGUGCAAAACAAAAUGAAAAGUUUCGAUCAACACAAACACGUGCACCCAUUGAAACUAUUAUUCAACUUCAAUAACGUACGUGAAAUGUUUCACACAUGCUUUAAGACUCGCGAAAAUCACGUGCGAAUCCAAAUAUGGCUACUGUUUCUCUCGAUGUGCUUCUACCUAUUGUCUCAUUUGGGGCCAGUUAUGUUUAUGUAUCAAUUCGCCCAAAAAGUAUAUUCAUGGGAUUCGCAAACCUAUAGCAAUGCAUCGGCUAUCGCUACACUUGUCUUAUGUUUAGCCACUUUCCUUAUAGCGCCUAUACUCCUAAAAAUAUUUAAACUCAAAGACACCACACUAUCGAUGAUAGGACUGACCUCAUAUUUAUUGAUGAACCUGACCCGAGGCCUAGUAUUAUCUCCAAAUGGAUUCUACUUAUCUCUAAUACCAGGAUGUUUGGGAUCAGUUGCWUCWAUAGGUAUUCGCUCGCAUUUCUCCAAAAUUGUAAAACCAGAAGAAUUGGGAAAAGUAUUCAACUGUUUGUCGUGUUUUGAGGCAUUGGCGCCGUUAGUAGCGGCCGGUGUGUUCACCAGUAUAUUCAACUCAACUAUGGAUACUAUACCGGGACUGUCGCUAAUUUUAGUUGCACUGUUGCUUAUCAUACCGCUUGGGACAGUAGUUUGGAUACAUUAUUUUACUGCAUUACCAGAUGAUUGUACUAAUAAUAAGGUAAUGGCCGACAAAAAUGGUAAUAUUAUUGCACAUGAAUUGCUUAAGCGUACAAAUAGUAAGCAAACAAAUCAAAUUGAAUAA